CACACUCAUUUCAAUGAUGGUGGGGGUCAAAGAGGGACUCGUACCGGCGGCGGCGCCUGCAGUCGCAGUGACCGGCUAGUCACAGAGGAUUUAGCCUCUGUAGCUUGUGUUUGUUAGCUCCCGAGUGUCGAAAACGUGGACACGAAGAAGUACGAUCAUAAACGAUACACGGGGGUGAUUCCUGUCGUCGAAGUAUCAUAGGACACGUAUUGUUCCUACAUACACAGAACCGUCGCGUCUGCCUUUACUGUCGGUCACGCGCUUUGCCUUCGUCCGUCUGCCUAUCCUCCUCUCCACGCGUCCGUCUCUCUUGAACCAACGCGUGCGACAGAUCAGUACGGUAUACACGGUGUGACAGCGAUCGACUGGCUACGACACUGUACGAACAACCCUUGCGCUCUUUUUUUCCAAGGCUCACGCGGUUUUCCAUGUCAACGACACGCGCGCUCCUACCAAGGCCAGCGUGCUACGCCCCGCAGCGCAAAGCAGCCUCCGUCGCCGUCAUCGUCGUCGCUGGCGUGAAACGCACGCUCCACGUAGCCGUGCCCGUCACCGACGGCCCGUUAUUGUCCGUGUCGCGUCGGUGUCGGUCGUCAGACAUCUGCUCGUCGUCGUCUGCGUAUUCGGCUACGAAGAGGCCCGGCGAGCAUCGAGGCUCGUCCACGGCUGUCGUCGCCAGGGUGAGGAGGAGUCACGGCAGCGUCGCUCUCGCCAGCCUGAGAUGAGCGACCAUGGCUGCAUACACUUGAAUAAUUUCAAAGCAGCCAAGGGUAUCCAGCCGUACAAAGUGAUACACUCCUAUUUUGUGACCAGCACGUCGGCCGAGGCACGCGUAAGGAAGGCUGUUAGCUGCUUAUGUCAUACGUGUAAAACCUACAAAGAUCGUCUUCAUUCUUGUCUCCACUGCAUAUUUUUCGGCUGCUACGUGAAAGGUCACAUACAAGAGCAUGCAAAGACGAAAAAACACUUCUUAGCUGUUGAUCUUUGUUAUGGAAAUAUAUUGUGCUUCCAAUGCGGGGAUUAUGUAUACGACAGAGAGCUAUUGGCAGUCGCCAAGGCGCAGUGGAGUGAGUCUGCGAAGUCGUUGAGCUUUGGAGAAUUUUAUAGAGCAUGGGAACCCACGCAGACAGAGGCCGAGUUAUUGCGAAAACAUCCGCGCAGAAGGCGUGUAGUCGAGAAUUCGACGAUAGGUCUGAGAGGACUGAUAAAUCUUGGAAGUACAUGUUUCAUGAACUGCAUCGUACAGGCGCUGAUUCACACGCCGCUGUUGAGAGAUUAUUUCCUUGCUGACCGUCACCACUGCCCACAGCCGACGAGCUGCCUGGUCUGUGAAGUAUCGCAUCUUUUUCAGGAAUUUUAUUCCGGCAGUAAAGCCCCGUUGACGCUUCACAAGCUCCUACAUUUGAUCUGGACGCAUGCCAGACAUUUAGCAGGUUACGAACAGCAGGAUGCCCACGAGUUCUUUAUAGCCACCCUCGACGUUUUGCACAGGCACUGCGAGGCAGCGCCGAUAUUAGUCAAAGAUAAUCCACAUCACUGUAACUGUAUCAUUGACCAAAUCUUCACUGGCGGACUUCAAAGUGAUGUGGUUUGUCAGGCGUGCAACGGAGUAUCCACAACGAUAGAUCCAUUCUGGGAUAUAUCAUUGGAUCUGGGUCCAGCGGCUAGCGCGUCCGGUUCCGAUAGUUCUGGCCCUCCUACCUCAUUAUUAGAUUGCCUAGAAAGAUUCACGCGCGCCGAACAUUUGGGAUCGAGCGCGAAAAUCAAGUGCAGCAACUGUCAAACGUAUCAAGAAAGCACCAAACAACUGACUAUGAAGCAGCUGCCUAUCGUUGCCAGUUUUCACUUAAAACGAUUCGAGCACUCCAGCAUACAAGACAAGAAGAUCUCUACGUUCAUCUCGUUUCCAGAACAAUUAGACAUGACGCCUUUCAUGUCGCACAGGAGGAACGGUAACAACAACAGCUCAAUGAUCGACGGGCUACCGAAGAACGGGGAAGACGCGGCGUUCAGCGAUAACAGAUAUUCGCUGUUCGCCGUGAUUAAUCACGAAGGCUCGUUGGAGACCGGACACUACACUGCCUUCAUACGGCAGCAGAGGGAUCAAUGGUUCAAAUGCGACGACCAUUUGAUCACCAGGGCAAGAUUAAAAGAUGUUCUAACUAGCGAGGGGUACCUUCUUUUUUAUCAUAAACAAAUUUUGGAGUACGGUCGAAAUACCAAGGUGUAAAUCGAUCUGAUUGUGUAAUUAAUUUAUUUAUCACGACGAAUCAUGGGCGGUAGACUUAAGUUUUAGAAGAACAAAAAAAAAACUACGGUCAAUUCCCUUUCGGGAAGUUGUUUCUUUCGUUCGACUCAUCAGUCGGAAUUACAUACAUGAACUAUAUAACAUGAAAUACCGAAGGCCUGAAAAAGAAGAAAAAAAUGAAAAGAAUUAUCGUUUGAUACGGUAUUAAUCGAAAGAAUAUUUACUUUCAAUCAAAUUAGAAAUAUUAUUACGCUUUACUCGUGUGAAAAACGCUAGAAAUUAAUCACUGUUUAUAAAAAGAGAGAUAGUCACGAUCGAUCAGACGUCGCUCCGUUAGCGUAGAUGUUUGUCAGUUUAAACUUAACGAAAAAGUGAAGAUAAAACGUUUUACUUUGCUUUUUCUUUUCGACAAAAUCUAAAGGUGGCUGUCGAUCGAUUUCCCUGUUCGUGUCCUAAAGUAAAUUAAGCGUAGUUUUAAGAUUAGCUCAAUUUUUUUAAAAUAACCGUUCGCAUUUUUGUAUAUCGCUGACUGUUGUUAUAUUCCUGCCCUGACACUUGUAUACACGAUGCACAAAGGAUGGCUCGCAAGACUCUAAAUCUAUUUUUCCUAUUUCAUAACUUAUAUUAUUAUUUUUUUUACUGAUCAAUUAAUGAGGAAUUUCGCCGUUAGCCAUGAUUCAGCGUCGUGUUAGCCAUCCUUCGGUAAAUCACUUUUGUACAAACGAAAUAAUAUAGCAAACGAAAAGAAAGGAGGGAUAAUAGUAUUAUCCAAUGAAGGCGAAGAAUUACUUCGCGUGACUGUGUAUAAUAAAAGAAAAUUUGACAAAAUUUCCUUCUGGUUGCCCGUCUUACCUUUCGUAAAUGCUACAGUACUCAGUUUAACACUAAACUGUAAGACCGUUUGGAAAUUGUUUUAUAAGGAAUGAAAUGAAAACUAAAUUUGUUUGGUCAUUUUGCUAGAGUUGUAAUUAUUACUUGAACUGGUGAUUCAAGUAUCAUCAUCGACACUAAUUGUAAAAAAUUGCACUGAAAUAGAAAAGAUAUAAAUAUAGGGUGUUAUCGUAGAAAAACUACUGGCAGGUUUAGUGUUAAAAGCGAAAGUGUUUCGAGAAGAGAAUCGUGCGUAGAGCUUUCAAUACUUUUCUGUACGACAGUCCCUGUAAAAAAAAGUGCCAAGUGUUCGUCGCACUUGUAGUUCGUAUAAUCGUGUGCUUAUCGUUAUUACAGUUCCCUAUAUUCUGAUAGGUUUCGAUUAUUGUGUUCAUUGAGAAAAUCUCGCGUAAUGUUUCUAUGAAACGCUCAGGUAACGUUUGUUAAAUAACGCCUGAGAGAGAAAGAGAGAAUGAUAAUUUGUAUCGUGUGAAUCGAUCAGUAAAUGUUUUGAUCAAGAAUGAUUCAUCGGUACGUUUGAGUACGAGUAUAUACAAUUGAUGUUAAACAAGACCACUGAACUUCGACAUGAAGGAAAGAAGUUUGACAGAAAUCUGCGAGGAGGAAGGAGAGAAAAUGAGAGUUGCAAAAUUUCACUGAUCAAUUGCAACAACUGCACACUUGCCUGUGUGCCCAUCCUCACGACGUGACACGACCAAUAAAUACGUUUAAACGUUCGUAUUACGCGUGCAUGCGUUUUGUAUAAGGCUGAAGUGAACGUAUACAGAAAUAAAGUUAUAUUUCGUCGAGAAA